GUAUAAAUACAUGUUGAAAAAGUGAGGAUGUUUCAUUUGAAAGGAUAGAGCUCGCAUGAAAAUGGUGACAAGAAUAAUUUUUGUUGUUCUAUGCAGCCUUUGUUUGCUGCUGUUAGAAUCAGCGAAUUCAUUAAAAUGCAGAUCAAGUGUCCAGCAGGUUCAACACGAUCAAUACCAGAAGGUUAUGCAGAUUUGCAAAGCACGAUCUAAAACUGAUAACAAUCAUAGCAAUAAUGAUUCAUCGAGUGAAGGCGACGAUAGCGAUGACUCUUUAAGCGUAGAUUUGUUUGGUACAAGGUUUUUUAUUAUGAAUGGCGGCAACAAGUUCUCCAACAUACAGUCUUGGAAAGACCCUAAUGAGAAUCGUUAUACAAACGGAAACCGGAAAAGCAGUCAUUCUUCUCGUAGCAGCAAUAAUCGUGAUUUCAGCUAUUCCAAUAGAGCUGGUAGGUCGAGCUAUGACCAAACGUAUGACGACUUCGAGAAUUAUGGCAAGCAACAAGAACAAUGCAUCACCCAGUGUUUCUUCAAUGAAUUAAAUAUGGUGGAUCAAAGGGGAUACCCUGAGCAAGUCUCGAUCAUUCAGUUUAUGACACGUAAUACGCACAAUCCAGAAUUACAGGAUUUGAUAGAGGAAGCUGUCAUAGAAUGUUAUCAUUAUUUGGAUUCAGAUGUGAGACAGAACGCAUGUUACUUCUCGGAAAAUCUCCUGACUUGCUUAAUUGAUAAAGGAAAGGAAAGAUGCGAAGAUUGGGAUGAUUGAUAACAUUGUAUAGACAUCUUACAUCUAAUAAUUUCUGUAGAAGAAAUAAAUAAAGUGAGAAGUAAGAAAU